UCUAAAUUCUAAUUCACUCAAUCAGUGAAGCAAAGCUCAUCAGUUUCUUAGUACUUACAAAUUCUCAAGUCCAAAAAGCUAAUCAUUUCCUAUAACUUAAGAAGCUUUUGUUUACCUUUGCUCAGCUGAAAGUUCACUUUCAAACUUCACUUCAAAUACUCACAGUCAAACGUUGCUCAACUAGAAGUUCCAAGUGUUACUACUGUUUUAUUCCUCAUUUCAGAAAUGGAUUUUUUUGCUCAGGAUUAUGAGAUGCUGGAUUCUGGGUCCGUUUCCUCGCCGAUUUCCGAUAGUGGAAGUGUGAAUGGUCGACCGGCGAAUUUCUCCGAUGAGGAUGUGAUGCUAGCUUCGAGUUAUCCGAAGAAGAGAGCAGGGAGGAAGAAGUUCCGGGAGACUCGGCACCCUGUGUACCGUGGAGUUCGCCGGAGGAACUCCGGGAAGUGGGUUUGUGAAGUGAGGGAGCCAAACAAGAAAUCGAGGAUUUGGCUGGGGACUUUUCCCACUGCGGAGAUGGCGGCGCGCGCACACGACGUGGCGGCGAUAGCCCUGAGGGGAAGGUCGGCUUGUCUGAACUUUGCGGACUCCGCUUGGAGGCUUCCAGUUCCGGCUUCUAGGGAUCCUAAGGAUAUUCAGAAGGCGGCGGCAGAGGCGGCGGAGGCAUUUCGAUCGGCUGAGCAUUCGGAUGGGAACUCUGGAUAUGAUGCAAAGAGAGCAGAAAACACGGAGGCGGAGAAGAUGACAGAAUCUGAAAAUGGGUUUUAUUUGGACGAGGAGGCGAUAUUUGGGACACCGAGGUUUUUGGCAAACAUGGCGGCAGGGAUGUUGCUGUCACCUCCUCGUUGUGGGUAUAAUGGGGAUGAAGAAGAAUACGAUGCUGCUGAUGAUUAUGUACCCCUAUGGAGUCAUUCCAUUUAAAAUUACUUCAAUUUAAGUAUACAGGCAUGAGUUAUACAGCGUGCCUUGGCUGAUGGUUGGUUGCACCAAUUGUUUCCGUACUCGAAAUUUUUGGGGCUAGUACGGAUGAUGUAUAUUUGUAGUUCUCUUAAAAUUCUCCUACAAGGUAAGCACACACGAGCGCUCUAGCUUGUAAGUUGUAUCACACUGAUUCGAAAGAUUUUUCAUUGACAAUGGUCUUAGGUAUUUGGUUGACUUGAUCGAUUCAAUGAGAAUGCAAGGGUAUACUAAUAUAGGGGCAGUUUGGUUA